AUGGCGUCGACUGCCACCCCUGUUGAUCUCAACCUGCCCCCUGGCGCACCUCCUGGCGCGCCUCCUGGCUUCACUGAUCACACAUUCGUGUCUAAGAAUGGUGUCAAGUUGUCUGUAAGGGUAUGGCCAGCAUAUCCACCUGUUGAGGAGCCUGCUCCGUUUGUAAUAUGGACUCACGGAGGCGGUUGGUUGGGCGGUGCUCACUUCGCCCCUCUGCCCUGGCUCAGUCCUGGAUUUCGAGCCAGAGGUUACCACUUGGUCUCCCACAACUACCGAUUAGCCCCGCAAGUCAGAAUCGAUGACCAGUUGUCCGACUGCCUGGAGUCUGUUUCUUGGCUUCGGUCAAAUCUUCCUUCUCUUCUCGGCGAGGACAAAGUCGAUGUGGACCGAUACGUUCUUGUCGGUGAAUCUGCCGGCGGCCACCUGGUCACGCUGAUGGCCGCCCAUCUAUCUCCUCCUCCUAAAGCAGUGGUUGACGUCUAUGGCUUGGUGGACUUUCUGUCCAUCCCGCAUUUUUGUGACAGCGUUCAAUUCGAACCGUGGAAGCCUGACAACCCCGCACCAUGGAAAGGAGAGUUCACUGACGCCGAGCUCGACGCUUUCCUCGAGGAUAGAAACCCAGAGAAUCUGUUGACAGAUGCACUAGCCUGGAACGAGCAAGAGGUUCUCACGGAACAACAAAUACAACAGUACUGGGCUACUGAUUUCAAGUACAACAGACGCAUCAGACUGCAGGCCGAGCUGCACAUGAGAAGAUCAUUGAACUCUGACAUGGAGGGACUGAGAAAGGGAGUGAUGCAUCGAGAGAAGUUCAAAACUCAAGAGGACUUUGUCGCAUUUCUGGAAGACAUGUCUCCGUACAGGGUGUUGAUGAAGGAUCAGAAACGAACAUACCCGCCGACAGCGUUUAUGCAUGGGAGCGGGGAUGAGGCCGUGCACAUUGAUCAGAGUUACCGGAUGGCAGAGCUGUUGAAGAGCAGAGGGGUUCCUGUGCUGGAGUGUUACGAAGAAGGGGAGCCACAUGUCUAUGAUCUCAAGUAUAUUGUGGGUAUUCCGUCCUGCAUGUGUCGCGCCGUCGUCCAUGGAAACAAUAUUAACGUCAUUAUGGCAGAAUCGCAGCAUCAACGGCUGGGAAACGUACGUUCAACCCGUACUCGAUUUUGUUGA